ACAUAUAUAUAUAUACACACACUCCAUCUUUUUUUGUUCUUGGAUAAAUAUUCAGAGGAGGAAGAAGAAAUGGCGUACAGGAGAAGACAGGGAAUAGCGAGGGCAUCCACCUUCAAGGAAGACAUUCACAGCCAGCCUCCUCCUCCUCAGGACAAAUCCUUCUCUUCGAAUUCAUCUCUCGCUGCUCAGGCCAUUCGUGCUCAGGUGGGAGGAUUCAACGCCUACGAAGAUGCAUCUAAGAACGAAGAUCGCGGAUUCUGGGGAAUUCUCGCUCAGAAAGCCAAAUCCAUCCUCGACGAUGACGAUGUGAUCCCCCAUCACCACCAUCAUCAGUAUCCGUCCAAUCAGAACGAUGGAUUUCGCAAACUCGCCUUCUCUCUCAACCAGAUCGGAGACUCUCUUGAGAAGGCCUUCGAGGAAGGUCGAACCAUGGUGGAGAACAAGGCGGCAGACAUCAUCCAAGAGACGCGUAGGCUUCAGACCAGGCGAAAGGGAUCUGACGCCGACACAGAGAAUCAAUCCUCCGGAGGGAACAGCCCAUGGCAGCCUCUGGUUCUACCGCCGCCGGUCAACCCCACGAGCCAUGGCUCCCAGCUCAAAGCAUCCCGUGAUGUGGCAAUGGCUACAGCAGCCAAAGCAAAGCUUCUUCUUCGAGAGCUGAAAACUGUGAAAGCAGACUUAGCUUUCGCCAAGGAAAGAUCUGCCCAGCUCGAAGAAGAGAACAGACGCCUUAGAGAUAGUCGGGAGAAGGGUAGUAACCUUGCAGAUGAUGAUCUGAUAAGGCUUCAGCUUGAAACCCUAUUGGCCGAGAAAGCUCGGCUAGCUCACGAAAACUCGAUCUACGCGAGGGAGAACAGAUUCUUGAGGGAGAUUGUGGAGUAUCAUCAGUUAACAAUGCAGGAUGUGGUUUACAUCGAUGAAGGGAUUGAAGAAGUUGCGGAAGUGAACCCUUCCAUAACAAGAACACUGUCUGCAGCCUCGUUCCCGGCCUCGGAUUCUCACUCCCUCUUGUCCUCGCCCUCAUCUCCAUCCUCUCCUUCUCGGGUUUCCAUCACAACCACCGAGAUCUAUCCGCUCUUGCUUCAGCAGUCUGAUGAUGUUUCUCCUGAGCAGAGCCUGCAAACUGUUCCACCUCCUCCAAUGGCUGACCCCUAGUAAGAAUAAGAACCAGUCUCUCUUUCUAAGCCUCCCCCCUUUUUUCUCUCUUUUCUUGUUUGCAUUUUUUGGCUGAGUGAAAAAUCCAAUCUGAUUGUUUUUUCCCCCCAUGUAUUCUUUCAUUCUCUUUCUCUGUCUCUCUGCAGUAGUCAGCUAAAAGAAGAUUUUUUCUUACA